AUGGAUCUAAACAAUGGAAAACAACUUUCACCAUGGAAAGCUCCAUCACGUAUAUCAUUAAAGCGUAUUCGUCAUAAAAUAAAUUCAGAUUUAUCAGUUCAAACAGUUUCAUCAUCAUCAACAAUAAUUGAAAAAAAUUCUCAAAAACAAAAUGGAAAACGAAAUCGUCUUGUUAUUAAUAAAUUUGCAUUAGCACGUUCAAUAUCAACACCAACAGCUGAUGAAAAUCUUACACCAUCAAUAUCAGAAAAAACAAAUAAUGAUGAACAUUUACUUGCACGACUUCAUCAAAUCAUGCCACCACCACCACCAUCAAUUAAUGAUAAAAAUUCAAAUAUAAAUUAUAAAAGUUUUUCAUUUGAAGAAACAUUUCAUAAUUCUGAAUCAAAUAAAAUAUCUGAUGAACUUGUUUGUUCAUUUCCAAUUGAUUGGUCAUUAAAAUCUUCAUGUCGUUUUUAUUCUCUUGAUUCAUCAUCAUUUUUAAAUAAUUUUAUGAAACUUCGUUCUACAGAUGAAUCUAUUGCAUUAGAAUAUAUUUGUUCAAAUACAUCUCAAGAUAAUGAAAAAGCUCUUUUUCGUUCUCUUACAUCAUAUUGGACAUAUCCACAUAUAACUUGGCUUAAAUUAUUUCCACGUUCACAACAACAACAACAACAACAAAUAAAUAUUAAUUUUUCAUCAUUAGAUGAACAAGCACAAAUUGCUUUACAAGAUGAAUGGAAAAUUGCAUUUCAAUCUCUUUUUCAAUCAUUUAGAGCGAAAUAUUCAUCGUUUUUUUAUAUGUCUACACAUACAUUUAAUAUUUUAUUUCGAGAAGAUUCUUCAUCACAAAUUAUUGCAAUUAUUAGUCCAACAACUAGUGGUUUAAGAUCAACAUUUGAACGAGAAGGAAUUGAAUUUACAAUGGCUGAGUAA